CCAGCCAACAGUGGAAGUUUUUUUCCAUAUUGAUUAGUUAUGUCGCUUUUGUUGUUUACCCAUUAAUUUUCCUAAAAUUGUGUUGAAAUUAGAAAAUAUAUAAUUAAAAAAAACACGUGAAAACGUUCGAGAACAGUGUAUCAUACGCGGCUUUUCUAUAUUUUCCAAGCUGACGACGAACUGCACGAUUGGUAAGACAGUCGUGAAGCAACCCCAGAUGUCCACUGGAGUGGGAGGCGGAGGAAGCAGCAUCACUACUGACCACAGCCGAUUAUAUUUCCUCAAUUCGCCAUCAACACCGCUUUCCGCGCGCGAUCCAUUUUUUAUCAAGCCGGAAUACCUCAAUUAUGAAAAUCCCAUGCACCACCUCUACCCUAGUAACAGGGGCUUAAUCGACUACAACAACUAUACAAGCGCUGCAGUAGCAGCGGCCAGUGGUAGCGGUAGUACAUCGACAAACGCAGUUGCAGCUGUCGCCGCCCUAAAUUUAGAAAAUAAUUUCCAGCAACCUCAAUCACAACAAUCGUCAUCUUCGUCAUCACAACAACAGCAGCAAACACCCACAUCGACGAGUCAAAACCAAACACAGCAAAGUCAACAGCAUCCUUUACAUCUACACCUCAGCACACCGCCAUCGACUCGAGCGCAAAAAGCAGCCCGUCGACGUAGCAACGAAUCUGUGGAGGCCCGUCAGAGACGACUAGCACGUAACGCCGCCCGAAUGCGAGAAAAGCGAUCCAAAGAAAGUGAGGAAGAAUAUCGAAUCCGGCUGGCGAAAAAUGCGGAAGCGAACCGUGUACGACGUCAGAAUGAAAAUGAAGUACAAAGAACCCUAAGACUGAUGAAAAAUGCCGCCAGACAGCGACUGCGGCGCGCUGGUGAGACGCCGGAGGAACGCAAAAAGCGUUUGGCCAAGGCCGCCGAACGCAUGCGAGUUGCGCGAGCAAAUGCGCCGAAAGUGUAUAAGCCUCCACUGGAGGAUCGCCUUAAGGGUUACUAAAUACGCAUAUAUAAAUACUUGUACGUCAACAGGCAGCAUCAAAUCUAUCUCAUAAUGGACAAAAAGAAGACGUAUGGUAUUGAUGUUAUGCACCAUGAACCAUUAUUAAUGACGCAACAAAUACAACAAUAACCGUUAAUAAAGAAGUAGCAACACAAAAACUCAGCUGGAUAGUAGGAAAAAAAAAAAAACAAAUAUAAUGCGAACAAGAAUGUUUUGAACAGAUGAAAGGUUUUAGUCGCACACGCAUUGGUUUAAGCUCAGGAAACUUGGCUUUCAUUGCGCGAUCGUAUCAUCAAAGGGUGAAGGAGGCAAAUUGCAAAUUAAGGUCAACUAACAUAUGCCCCUCAACCGUAUAUUUAAUUAAGUUUAUGAAAUAAAGUAUUUUUAUAAUGCAUGCAUUACAUUAAUAUAAAAUAAAAUGUAAUAAUAAUAAUAAUAUAACAAAAAAAAUUGUAGAAGCGUACAUAUGUAAAUGUAGUCGGUCACACAACAAGCAAACAAACAAACACACAUACAUAUAUACACACACCAAUUAGUUCCAAAACCACAUAAACACAAAUGGACGCAUUAUUAUAACUACAAUGUAGCACCUAUAGCGUUAUAUCUAAAUCUCCAAAAAGAUUAUUCUAAGCCCGCUAAAAAGCUCCUUAAUUAAUAACCCAUUUGUGCUGAUGCUCUUGAUACUUCUGUAAUUCACACAUAGUUUUAAUCCAACAAAAAUUAAAUUCUGUAACGAGAUAUUUUAAUAUUAAAAAUGCAAUAUACAUAUAGUCAAGUUAAA